CAGGACACAUAGCGAAAAACUGCUGCAGCGUAUGGUGCUGUAAAGCAGCCUCUCUCUCUCUACAUCACUCCACCAACUCUCUCUGCCUGGAUUGUCAUCUCUGUGUUGCUACAGAGACUAAGCCUGCUAUCCAGCCAUGGCCGGCCAGCAGGACUCAGGCUUUUUUGAGAUCAGCAUCAAGUCUCUGCUGAAAUCCUGGGGCAGCACAUCCCCCAUAGGAAAGCGCCCCCUCCCCCAAGUGAACAGCGCUCCGGGCGAGAGGAAAGGUCCUGUUGCCACCAUGCCGAUUACCGUGGACCCAGAGAGCAAACCGGGCGAGUAUGUCCUCAAAAGCCUGUUCGCCAACUUCACCACCCUGUCUGAACGCAAAAUACGCAUCAUCAUGGCAGAACCACUGGAAAAGCCCCUCACCAAGUCUCUACAAAGAGGAGAAGACCCACAGUUUGAUCAGCUGAUCAGCACUAUGAGCUCUCUUGCUGAGUAUUGUCUUCCCUCCAUCCUGCGGACGCUAUUUGACUGGUAUAAAAGACAGAACGGCUUGGAAGACGAGUCCCAUGAGUACCGCCCACGUGCAAACACCAAGUCCAAAAAUGAUGAACAGCAGAAAGAUUAUCUGAUGGAAAGAAGGGAUUUAGCAAUAGACUUCAUAUUCUCACUUGUGCUUAUUGAGGUUUUAAAACAGAUCCCUCUCCACCCUCUUCUGGAUGGCCUCAUUCAGGAAGUCAUUAACCUGGCCUUCAAACACUUUAAGUACAAAGAGGGGUACCUUGGGCCCAACACAACCAACAUGCACAUAGUGGCUGAUCUGUAUGCAGAGGUUGUCGGUGUCGUGGCCCAGUCCAGGUUUCCUGCAGUGAGGAAGAAGUUCAUCUCAGAGUUGAAGGAGCUCAGGCAGAAAGAGCAGAGCCCGUAUGUGGUCCAGAGCACCAUCAGCCUCAUUAUGGGGGUCAAGUUCUUUCGUAUUAAAAUGUACCCAGUGGAAGAUUUUGAAGCGUCUUUCCAGUUUAUGCAGGAGUGUGCUCAGUAUUUCUUGGAGGUGAAAGAUAAGGACAUUAAACACUCUCUGGCUGGACUCUUCGUAGAGAUACUCGUCCCUGUAGCCGCAACGGUAAAGAAUGAGGUGAACGUGCCCUGUUUGAGGAAUUUUGUGGAAACGCUCUACGAUACAACGUUAGACCUGUCAUCCAGGAAGAAACACUCUCUGGCUCUGUAUCCAUUGGUAACAUGUCUGCUGUGUGUGAGCCAGAAGCAAAUCUUUCUAAACAGAUGGCACGUCUUCCUCAACAACUGCUUGUCCAACCUGAAAAACAAAGACCAUAAAAUGGCCCGGGUGGCACUUGAAUCUCUCUAUCGGCUGCUGUGGGUCUACAUGAUCCGAAUCAAAUGUGAAAGCAACACUGCAACACAAAGCCGCCUCACCUCAAUCAUAUCAACGCUGUUCCCUAAGGGUUCACGGAGCGUCGUUCCUAGAGACAUGCCGCUCAACAUAUUUGUCAAGAUAAUUCAGUUCAUUGCCCAGGAAAGGCUGGAUUUUGCAAUGAAAGAAAUAAUAUGUGAUCUGCUGAGUGUUGGAAAAUCAGCCAAAGCUUUCAGUUUAAAUCCAGAGAGAAUGAACAUUGCUCUGAGAGCAUUCCUCGUCAUAGCCGAUAACCUGCAGCAGAAAGAUGGUGAACCACCCAUGCCGAACACAGGGGCCACUUUGCCUUCUGGGAACACUCUGAAGAAGAAAAAAACCUACCUCAGCAAAACUCUAACUGAGGAGGAAGCAAAACUUAUAGGUAUGGCACUGUAUUACUCCCAGGUCAGGAAGGCCAUUGAUAACAUCCUGAGGCACUUGGACAAAGAGGUGGGCCGCUGCAUGAUGCUCACCAAUGCCCAGAUGCUUAACAAGGAACCUGAGGAUAUGAUCACGGGUGAGAGAAAACCGAAGAUUGACUUGUUCCGGACGUGUGUUGCGGCCAUUCCCCGUAUCCUGCCAGAUGGCCUGUCCAAAAUUGAGCUCAUCGAUCUCUUGGCCAGGCUGACGGUCCACAUGGAUGAUGAACUCAGACUCAUUGCCCAGAAUUCCCUGCAGAGUCUGCUGCUAGACUUCUCCGACUGGCGAGAAGACGUGCUGUUCGGGUACACUAACUUCCUGCUGCGUGAAGUGCAGGACACACAGCAGGGCCUGCAGGACUCGUCUGUUAAACUGCUGCUGCAUUUCCUGACGCAGUGGAGGCUGGCGAUACAGGCGCCUGGAAAACGCUCGGCGGAGAUGGGAACUCACAGCAGCGGGAGCUCCAGACUGCCACCCGAGCGCAGUCCUCACUCCACGGUGCUGCAUGCUGUGGAGGGUCUGGCCCUGCUUCUGCUGUGCUCCUGCCAGACCAGCACCCGCAAACUGGCUGUGUCCGUCCUCCGAGAGAUACGCUGCCUGUUUACAGCCAUCGGACAAGCCGAGGAUGACGAUAAAUCCAUGAUCGAGGUUAUGGACCAACUGGCCCCCAGCGUGCUGGAGAGUUUCGUCCAUGUGGCCGUCUCUGACUCUGCCACCCUGCCCAUGAAUCAUCACGUGGACCUGCAGUGGCUGGUAGAGUGGAAUGCACGCUUGGUAAACAGCCACUAUGAUGUAAAGAGCCCGUCUCACGUGUGGAUCUUCGCUCAGUCUGUGAAGGACCCCUGGGUUCUCUGCCUCUAUAGCUUCCUUAGGCCGGAUCACCUCCCUAAGCACUGCUCCACCGCGCUCAGCUACGCCUGGCCCUACGCAUUCACACGUCUACAGCUGCUUAUGCCACUAGUUGACCCAAACAGUCCCGUUUAUGCCAAAAAGACCAGCACGUCUGGUCCAGCCGAUGGCUAUGUGACGCUGUGGAGGAAUUACCUGAUAUUGUGCCUCGGUGUUGCCAAACCUAGUAUCAUGAGUCCAGGUCACCUGAGAGCCUCUACACCUGAAAUCAUGGCUACCACACCUGAUGGCAGUGUCACGUAUGACAACAAGGUGAUAGGCACACCAUCAGUGGCUUGGCUCCUGAAACAGCUGGUUCCUCUCAUGAGAUCGGAGAGUUUAGAGAUCACGGAGUCUCUAGUCCUUGGCUUUGGACGAACAAAUUCCCUUGUGUUCAGGGAGCUGGUGGAAGAACUCCAUCCUCUAAUGAAAGAAGCUCUGGAGAGAAGACCUGAGAAUAAGAAGCGGAGAGAGCGGAGAGAUCUGCUCCGGCUGCAGCUGCUGCGUAUCUUUGAGCUUCUUGCUGACUCAGGGGUCAUCAGUGACAGUACCAAUGGGGCGUUGGAACGAGAUUCCCUGGCUCUAGGAGCCCUUUUCCUGGAGUAUGUCGAUCUGACACGGAUGCUCUUAGAAGCAGAGAAUGACAAAGAGCUGGACAUUUUGAAAGACAUGAGAGCUCAUUUCAGUGGAAUGGUGGCAAACCUCAUCCAGUGUGUUCCAGUCCACAACAGGCGGUUAUUGUUCCCCCAGCAGAGCUUGAGGCAUCACCUCUUCAUUCUCUUCAGCCAGUGGGCCGGACCCUUCAGUGUCAUGUUCACACCUCUGGACCGCUAUAGUGAUCGCAACCAUCAGAUCACACGCUACCAGUACUGCGCUUUGAAGGCUAUGUCAGCGGUAUUAUGCUGUGGCCCUGUGUUCGAUAACGUGGGUCUUUCUACAGACGGAUACCUGUACAAGUGGCUGGACAAUAUCUUAGCCUGCCAUGAUCUCCGGGUGCAUCGGCUGGGCUGUGAGGUUGUUAUCUUGCUCCUGGAACUGAACCCAGAUCAGGUGAAUCUUUUUAACUGGGCUGUGGAUCGCUGCUUCACUGGAUCAUACCAGCUCGCUUCAGGGUGCUUCAAAGCUAUUGCUACUGUGUGCGGUAGCAGGAAUUAUCCGUGUGACAUUGUGACCCUUUUGAAUCUGGUGUUGUUUAAGUCAUCUGACACAAGCAGAGAGCUUUACGAGAUAUCCAUGCAGCUCAUGCAGGUUCUAGAGUCCAAGUUGUCCGUUUACUCAAAGAGGAUUGUGGGGCAGAAAUCAGGAAAUAUCCUGUAUGGCACACAUGGUCCUUUACCGCCACUAUACAGCGUCUCACUCUUCCAGCUCUCAAAUCAGCUGGCCUGCAUGUAUCCUGAACUCACCCUGCCACUCUUCUCAGAGGUCAGCCAGAGGUUCUCCACCACUCACCCUAAUGGCAGACAGAUCAUGCUGACCUACCUGCUGCCGUGGCUGAACAAUAUAGAGCUGGUUGAUACAGGACUGCUUCCCCCGACCUCCAGCCCGUGCACUCCAGAGGAAGAGGCUCGUGAGCAGUCUGACAACCUGGGAAUCACCCACAGGCUCAAAGGCAACGGUUGGGGCUCUCUGCAGGCCACCUCACUGGUCCUAAAUAACCUCAUGUUCAUGACUGCAAAGUAUGGAGAUGAAGUCCCAGGUCCUGAGAUGGAGAAUGCCUGGAAUGCUCUUGUGGCCAAUGACAAGUGGAGUAACAACCUGAGAAUAACGCUGCAGUUCCUCAUAAGCUUGUGUGGAGUCAGCAGUGACACUACACUGCUGCCUUAUAUUAAGAAAGUGGUGAUAUAUCUGUGUCGGAACAACACCAUUCAGACCAUGGAGGAGUUGCUCUUUGAGCUUCAGCAGACAGACCCGGUAAACCCAGUGGUUCUACACUGUGACAACCCACCGUUUUACCGCUUUGUUGCCAGCAACAAAACCUCUGUUGUGGCCUCAGGCACAACAUCAAGCAGCAAUACGGUAGUGGCCGGGCAAGAAAGCUUCCAGGAGACAGAUGAGGCAAAGAUCGUCAGAGAGAAUGAAGAGAGGUUAAGCAAUGCAGCCCGGGCUCAUAACCGCCUGGAAUCACGCUACAGCAACAGCUCAGGAGGUUCUUAUGAUGAGGAGAAGAAUGACCCUCUACCUCCGUAUGCUGCCUGGUUGAUCAGUGUAUUGGAGAGUAACAGACCUCAGCCUCUUCCCAUGCCUGUGAAUGGAGGCUGUUGGGCCCCGUUGGUGGACUACCUGCCCGAGACCAUCACCCCACGGGGACCCCUUCACAGACUCUUGAUGUCGUCAGCACCUCCUGCCCACAACACGUUCCUCUUUGUGUCUUUUGGUGCACCUCUCAAAUCAGUUCAGUUCAUUUACCUGUGCAUCUCUGUCCUCUCAGGUUUGGAUCAUUACCGGCCAGAGGUAUUUGAGCACAGCAAGAGGUUACUCCUGCAUCUCCUCAUCGCCCUCUCCUGCAACAACAACUUCCAGGUCAUCGCCUCUGUCCUGUUACUAACCAGAGAGAUUGGCGACAACAAGACGCUCACCGUUAAAUCCAGCUACCAGCCCGAAUACCUCUACACAGGGGGGUUCAACUUUCUGCGGGAGUGGCAGACAUCACCAGUGGCGGAUUCCGGACUAAGCUCGUCCUCCACCUCCUCUAGUGUUAGCCUGGGAGGAAGCAUCGGAAACCUGCCACAAAUCACUGCUGACCUGGAGGAGCUGGACGAGUCCUCCACAGAAUCAGAUGAGAAAACCAACAAGCUCAUUGAGUUCCUCACCACCAGAGCAUGGAGUACUGUCCUGUCCUUACUCAGGGCUUUCGGACCGCUUUGGUGCCAUGAAGACAUCACGCCAAAGAACCCCAACUCUAAGAGCACUGAGCAGCUCACCAACUUCUUGCGGCAUGUGGUUUCUGUGUUCAAGGAGUCCAAAUCAGAUUUCCAUCUAGAGCAUCAGCUGAGUGACGUUGCUUUGCAGACGGCCCUCUGCAGCUCCUCCCGCCAUUAUGCUGGGCGCUCGUUCCAGAUCUUCCGCGCCCUGAGACAACCCCUCUCUGCCCACGCAGUGUCCGACCUGCUCUCACGGCUGGUGGAGGUUGUGGGGGAACAUGGGGAUGAAGUACAGGGUUACGUAAUGGAGAUUUUACUCACUCUGGAGUCUGUUGUGGAUAAUUUAGCUGAAUGUUUGAACAACAGUGAACUUAUGGCAGCUUUGACGAGAGAUUCCUCUCCAGACUUCCUGGUUAGCGGGAAGCUCAACCCAAACCGUAAGAGCACAGGGCAGCUGAACCUGCACCAAGAGGGUGGCACUAACGAGCGGAACAGGCACCAGCGCAGUUACUCCGUCCCUAAGAAGUUUGGCGAAAGCGGGGAAAACUCAUCCUCCAACCCUCCUCGCAGUGCCACGUUGGACCGCAUCCAAGCCUGUACCCAACAAGGUCUCGCCCGAUCGGCCCGCAGUACAUCCUCCAACUCAACCCGCGCCGACACAAGUGUCAUCACUGACCCCUCCCACUCCAGUCACCCCGCCAACCUGCUUGCCACCGUCUUCUGGGUGGCGGUGUCACUCAUGGAGUCAGACUUUGAAUUCGAAUACCAGAUGUCAUUGAGGCUGGUUCACAAACUGCUGGCACGGGUUCCGUUGGAUCUGCAAGAGAACAGGGAGAGACUAGAGAAGCUCCAGGCCCAGCUGAGGUGGAGUGGCUUUUCCGGGCUGCAGCAGCUGCUCCUGAAGGGAUUCACUUCUCCGGCCACAAAUGAUCUUACGCUUCAGCUGUUCUGUCAGCUUACACCUGUUUCACGAGUACCAGUAGUGGACACAUCGCAGUAUAUAGGUUUUCCUCUGAACGUGCUUUGUCUGCUGCCUCACUUGGUGCAACACUUCGGUAGCCCUACUCAGUUUUGUAAAGAAAGCGCUGAGAGGAUCGCACAGGUGUGUCUGGAGGAGAAAGACAAGAACACUAAACUUUCUCACCUAGCUCAUGUAAUGACUCUAUAUAAGACUCGUUCUUACACCAGAGACCCCUUCUCGUGGGUUAAUGUGGUCUGCCGCUACUUGCAUGAGGCCUUUUUGGACAUCACACUCAGUCUGGUGACAUAUAUGGCUGAGUUGCUAGAUAAAGGAUUACCCAGCAUGCAACAGCCCCUGCUGCAGAUCAUCUACAGUCUGCUGAGCCACAUGGAUUUGGCAGGAAUUCAGGUCAAACCUUUCAAUGUAGAGGUGCUAAAGACCAUCGAGAAAUUUGUACAGACGGUUCACUGGAAGGAAGCUCUGAACAUUUUGAAGCUGGUUGUUUCCCGUUCUGCCAGCCUAUCCCUGCCGUCCUAUGCCCAUGGUGACUUAGCCCACCUGGAGGUUAGCCGUAUGAUGUGGGAUGGCUCAUCUAAAGCCCUGCCAGGAAAGACACUGGAAUUCCAUUUUGACAUAUCUGAGACGCCGGUUAUUGGCCGCAGAUAUGAUGACCUGCAGGGAUCAGGAGGGAGAGAUGGGAAAGGCCGCGCGAUCGCAGUGACCCGUAGCACGUCCUCUACCUCUUCAGGGUCCAAUUCAAACACCGUCCUGGUGCCAGUCAGCUGGAAACGGCCACAAUCAUCACAGAAGCGAACAAGAGAGAAGCUAGUGAAUGUUCUAUCACUCUGCGGACAGGAAGUUGGCCUCACCAAGAAUCCAUCUGUGAUCUUCUCAUCCUGUGGAGAUCUGGACCUCAUGGAGCAUCAACCCAGUCAGGUGUCCUCUGAGGAUGGGACCCGGGAGGACACUCUGGAUGAUACCACAUCAGAGCAGCAGUUCAGAGUCUUCAGGGACUUUGACUUCCUGGAUGUAGAGCUGGAAGAUGGAGAGGAGCUGCAGGGUGAGAGUAUGGAUAACUUUAACUGGGGAGUGCGCCGGCGCUCUCUGGACAGCACAGAUCUGACUGAGCUCCUGGAGGAGAGCCAGCACUCUGACAUCACCCCCUGCAUUGGCCUACACGACCCCCAACAGGACUCAGAUGACUCCUCUGAGGAAGAGUCCAAUUCCACCAGCCAAAGCCUCUCCCAUUCUCAACUGACCAUGAACCUCUCCCCCUCAGAGGACACCAAUCAUACAGACUCUCUGUCCACUUCUUACGAUACCACAUCAGCUGACCCAAAUUCUCUUAAUGCUGCUACACCUUGCUUGGGAACAUCACUACCAGAUGACCACAUCAUGCCGCCCGUUUUACCAGAAGACGAGGAGUCAUAUGUCCAAGAGGAUGACCUGCCAUUCGGUGUGAAUGAGCUGCCAAUGAGGUUUGACUGUGGCUCUAGCACUAAUCUGGACCUUCCUGCAGAACAAAACCGAGCUGGAAUCAACCAGAACCCAAACUCCCUGCCCAGCUACCAUUUUGGGGAGGACCGAGAUGAUCUGGAUGAGCUGGGCUUUCCUCCUCCACCCUCUCCCUUUUUCUCUGCCAUCCUGGCAGCAUUUCAGCCCACGGUGUGUGACGAUGCCGAAGAAGCCUGGCGGAGUCACAUUAACCAGCUGUUGUGUGAUACAGAUGGGUCUUGCGCUGUCUACACCUUCCACAUCUUCUCCACAAUGUUUCAGAACAUCCAGAAUAAGUUCUGCUCCCUGACCAGUGAUGCUGCCAGUUACCUCGGAGACGGCCUGAGGGGAAUUGGGUCAAAAUUUGUGCAGUCAUCUGAGAUGUUGGCCUUAUGCUCAGACUGUCCCACGCUGUAUGUAGACGCAGAAACGAUUGUUUCUUAUGGGCUUCUAGAGAAGAUGAAGUUCAGUGUUCUUGAGCUGCAGGAGUAUCUGGACACAUAUAACACCCGGGAGGAAGCUGUCGUUUCAUGGUUGCAGAACUGUAAGGCCACAUUUCCAAGGUAUCCUGAUGAUGGUGUGAUCACCUGUCAGCCUGGAGACUCUGAGGAGAAGCAAAUGGAAACUCUGGCUCAAUUGGAGUUGUGUCAGCGACUGUACAAACUUCACUUCCAGCUCCUUCUGCUGUAUCAGUCCUACUGCAAACUCAUUGGACAAGUGAACACCAUCAGCUCUGUGCCAGAGGUACACAGUACACCCAUUACCUGA